AUGAGCGCAGGUAGCGGCAACAUCAAGGUCGUCGUACGAUGCCGGCCCCUCAACUCGCGAGAACUCGCACGCGGCGCCAAGAGCCUCGUCCGCAUGCAGGGCAACCAGACGAUGCUCGACCCGCCCGAGGCCGCCAACGUCACGUCGGGCCGCAUCACCGAGAAGGAGGUCAAGUCGUUCGCGUUCGACAAGAGCUACUGGUCCGCAUGCUCCAAGGACGACCCGGCGUACGCCUCGCAGCAGACGCUCUUUGACGACCUCGGCGAGGACCUCCUCAACCACUCGUUCGACGGCUACAACUGCUGCCUCUUCGCUUACGGCCAGACUGGCUCGGGCAAGUCGUACUCGAUGAUGGGCUACGGCGCAGAUCGCGGCAUAAUCCCGCUCCUGUGCGAGCAGCUGUUCGUCCGCAUCGGCAACAAGUCGGACGACCACACGACGUUCACGGUCGAGGUGUCGUACACCGAGAUCUACCAGGAGAAGGUCCGCGACCUGCUCAACCCGUCGAGCAAAGCGGCGCUCAAGGUCCGCGAGCACCCGACGCUCGGGCCCUACGUCGAGAACCUGUCCAAGUGCGCCGUGCAGAACUUUGACGACAUCGAGCACCUCAUGGACGAGGGGACCAAGGCCCGCACGGUCGCCGCGACGCAGAUGAACGAGACGUCGUCGCGCUCGCACGCCGUCUUCACGCUACUCGUCACCCAGAAGCGCCUCGACCCGACCACGUCCAUGGUCGGCGAGAAGGUGUCGCGCAUCUCGCUCGUCGACCUCGCCGGCUCGGAACGCGCCAACAGCACGGGCGCGACGGGCACUCGGCUCAAGGAGGGCGCCCAGAUCAACAAGAGCCUGACGACGCUCGGGCGCGUCAUCAGCGCGCUCGCGGCGGCGAGCUCGGCGAGCGGCGCAAAGGCCAAGGCGGCCGCCGAGAAGAUCCCGUACCGCGACUCGGUCCUGACGUGGCUCCUCAAGGACUCGCUCGGCGGCAACUCGAAGACGGCCAUGAUCGCCGCCAUCUCGCCCGCCGACUACGACGAGACGCUGUCGACCUUGCGGUACGCCGACCAGGCCAAGAAGAUCAAGAACAAGGCCGUCGUCAACGAGGACCCGAACGCCAAGCUCAUCCGCGAGCUCAAGGAGGAGCUCGUCCUCCUCCGCUCGCGCAUCGCCGGCCCGUCCGCCUCGUCGUCCGGCACCUACUCGCCCUCGCUCGGCGGCGAGGCGACGUUCGACGCGGCCGUCCCGGCGUCGCAGCAGCUCGUCCAGUACCAGACGGCGUCGGGCGAGUUGCGCACGAUCAGCAAGGCCGAGCUCCAGGACCAGCUCGACGCGAGCGAGAAGCUCAUGGCGAGCGUCACCGAGACGUGGGAGGAGAAGCUCGAGAAGACGCGCGAGGUGCAGGUCGAGCGCGAGAAGGCGCUCGAGAGCUUGGGCAUCACGAUCGAGAAGAACAUGGUCGGCGUGCACACGCCCAAGAAGCUUCCUCACCUCGUCAACCUGUCCGAGGACCCGCUCAUGGCCGAGUGCCUCAUCUACCAGAUCAAGCCGGGCAAGACGACGGUCGGUAACCUCGACUCGGACAAGCCUGCCGACAUCAAGCUCGGCGGGUCAAACAUCCUCGACGAGCACUGCCACUUUGAGUGCACGGCCGACAACAAGGUCUUCCUGCACGCGAGCGAUCACGGCAUCGUCAUGGUCAACGGCCUCCGCAUCUCGCCCACCAAGCCCAAGGAGCUGCACUCGGGCUUUCGCGUCAUCCUCGGCGACUGGCACACGUUCCGCUUCAACCACCCCGAGGAGGUCCGCAAAGCUCGCGAGGGCAAGCCGACACCGCUCCGCUCGCCCCUCGUCGACUCGUACGACGAGCCGGGCACGUCGUCGUCGCCUGCGACCCGCCCCGACUCGCCCGCGUCGGCCGACCAGGCCGCCGACUGGUCCUUCGCCCGUCGCGAGGCCGUCUCGGCGCGGCUCAACGUCAACGGGCGCGACGUCAACCUCGACCAGCUGCCCGACGAGGAGCUCGGCAGGCUGUACUCGAGCAUCCUGCGCGUGCGGCACUCGCGCACGGCGAGCAGCCUCGGCGGCGGCAGCGACCGGCCCGAGAGCCGCAUGAGCUUCAUGGACUCGGUCACCGAGGACGGCGACGACGAGGACGAGGACGACCGCGAGCAGUCGGCGAGUGGGCGGCCUUUCUCGACGGGCACCUGGGCGACCGACCCGACCAGCCUCGCCGACUCGACCCUCACCCUCAGCCACCUCCCCGACCUCUCGAUCGACGGCGACAAGGCGCAGCACGCCGACGACCACCUCCCGCUCGCGACGCCGACCCUCUCGAGCAGCUCGACCGCCGCAGCUCUCGAGCAGGCCGAGGCCGAGCGCGACAAGGACCGCGCCGCGCACGACAAGGUCAAGCAGCUCGAGGCGCAGCUCAAGGCGCAGCGGCGCCGCAUCGCCAAGCUGCGCUCGGCCGCCUCGCCCGGCACGGGCGACUCGGCCGCCGACGAGCUCGCCGACCUGCUCGACGAGUGGCCCCGGCUCGAGCCGGCGCACGAGCCUCUCGCGCGCAAGGUCGUCGCCCAGUGGCGCACGAGGCGGCGAGUGCGCAUGGCCGAGGACGCCCUGUCGCAGGCCGUCGUCCUCAAGGAGGUCAACGUCAUGAGCCGCGAGCUCAAGAAGGGCGUCUCGUUCCAGUUCGUCGCCGUCGAGCGCGACGUCCCGACCUCGGCGAGCGAGCGCGUCGCAGGACUCGGCGACAUCGACGAGGUCGGCGACCCGGCGCUCGCGGCGUGCCUCAAGCCCUGUGUCGGCGUCAAGGUCCUCGACCGCCGCGACCAGGUCCUGUCGAUCUGGAGUCUGUCCAAGCUCGAGCAGCGUCUCGUCCAGAUGCGCAACGCGUACAAGUGGCUCGACAAGCCCGAGUACAAGCGCCACUUCGCCGCGACCGCCGACGACCCGUUCCACGAGUCGCCGCCUCCGCCCGGCGGCUUCUCGCUCGUCGGCCAGGCGCUCGCUUCGCUCGUGCCCCUCGCGCGAGGCCUCCCGUCGACGCAGACGCUCCAGGUCUACUCGCCCUACAUCGCCGACCCGAUCGGCUCGUGCCGGCUCCGCCUCAAGCCGGUCGAGAUCCGCAACCCGCCCUCGUCCUCGUCCGCCUCGCUCACCAACGGCCAUGCCAACGGCGUCUGCGAGGGCAACGUGCGACAAGGUGCGCUCGUCGAGGGCGGCACGCUCGUCCUCGAGGUCGUCGUCGACUCGGUGUCCGGGUUCGGCAAGACCGAGUUCGCGGCGGUUCACCUCCAGCUCUCGACGGCGACGCUCUUCGGUGCGCCAGCAGAAGACGACGAGACGUUCGUGUCUGAGCCCGUCGACCUCGACAGCACGCCGGCGAGCGCGGUCAAGCUCGAGCGGCGCCCCGAGGUCAAGCUCACGGCCGACGUCCUGCGCCACCUGUCCGAGUCGUACGGCCAGGUGUCGCUCUUUGCACGUGUCCGCCUGCCGCACUUUGACCGCAUCGAGCGCUGGGACGAGGCGCGCGACGCGCCGACCCUCGCCAAGGUCGCCAACGCGCCGCCGGUGCGAGGCGACCCGGCCAACGGCGACGUGACGAGGCGGCCCGAGACCGAGUUCAUCGGCCAGCAGCAGCACGACGUCCUCGCGAGGGUCGAGAUCCGCGAGCUCGGCGAGGCGGGCGAGUACGUGCCCGUCCAGGUCGUCUCGGCCAACGCGCUCGACUCGGGCGCCUUCUUCCUGCGCCAGGGCAUCCAGCGCCGGUUCGUCCUCGAGCUGUCGCACAACUCGGGCCGGGCGCUCGCCUGGCGGCGCGUGUCCAAGGUGUCGCUCGGCAACGUGCGCAUGCUCGACUCGCGCGGUCGGACCCACGCCGCGACGUCGGCCGCCGACGCCGAGCUGCGAGGGAUCGGCACCCCGCGCCCGCAGUACGCCAACGACGGCAUCGCGACCCUUUCGUUCGCGGCGGCGUGGGACAGCUCGGUCCACGACUCGCCGCACCUGAACCGGUCGACGCCGUCGGGCUCGCGCGCCCUCAUCCGCCUCUCGUUCGAGGUCGACGUCGCCGGGUGCACCUCGCCCGUCCUGUUCUCGAUGGACAUCGCCGUCACGAUCUCGUCACGCGACUCGCGGUCGCCGUCCAAGCUCCUCACCCUGUUCAACUCGACCAAGCUCCUGUCGCGCGUGUCGGCCGUCUUCUCGGUCGUCCUGCGGCCGCACACGACGCGCAAGCCAGGCGACGUGUGGCGCCUCGACACGUCCGAGACGUACGUGCGCGGCGAGGAGCUCCUCGCCGGGUGGAAGCCCCGAGGGCUGUCGCUCGUGCGCGACUUUGACUCGAGCAGCGCGGCCAAGCGCAGGACGGCCGACGUCGAGGGGACGAGGGCGGUGCUCGGCGCGUACGAGCUCACGCUGCCGACGGUCGAGGACGCGAGGCCCGAGGACCGCAUCAACCUCGUGCUCGCGUUCUGGCAGAAACGCUUCGGGCCGACCGGCGAGGUGUCGCUCGAGCGUGAGCAGCCUGUCGCCGCCGUCCUUGACCUCUCGGCGCCGUCACCGCCAAUGACCUCGCCGUCGCCGCCCAAGCUCGUCGGCUCGUCGACCCUUGUCUCUCGGUCCGAGGCCGUCAACAAGCGCGGCAUCCUCUCGCUCCUGCGCGACCCGACGAGCAACCAGUGGCGCAAGUAUUGGUUCGUCCUGCGCCGGCCGUACCUUUACGUCUACUCGUCCAACUCGGAGGUCGACGAGGCGGCCGUCAUCAACGUGUCGACCGUGCGCGUCGAGCAGUCGCCCGAGAUCGAGCAGAUGCUCGAGCGCAAGCACGCAUUUGCCAUCUUCACCCCCCAAAACAGCUACUUCUUCGCUGCCCCUUCCCUACGCGACAUGCUCGACUGGAUCAAGGCCAUCGACCCAUACCCUCGCCCUCAUGGUCGCAUUGCCGGCCGCGCCCCCUUCUCGCCGUGUCGUAUACCUCGUCGCCCGUCGCCGUUUGUCGAUUCCCCUCUCCUCACCUCGCAGCUGCAGCCGCAUCGUCUUUCCUC